AAUCUCGAUGACGUGUUCAGUCACGUGCCAACAAAGCGCCUCACGUGACUGGCCAACGGCUACAAACCUGAGUGGCCUUUGCAAAAAUGCACAAUUCCAUCCAGACUGCAGCCAUGGAGGGAGGUUCGUCUCUCAACAGAUCUCAGCUCAAAAGUGAUGUUGAUGACAUGUUUCAAGAAAUCCUUAAGAUGCAACCGACCACUUUGUCAGAGGUUGAGCAGCGUAUGUACGAUAAAGAGAAGAUAUUCAUGAGGCAUUUUGUGCUCAUGAAGAAGGACAAUGAAGUCCCCACCCAUCUCUCGCUUGAACAUUUCAAAAUGUGGUUGCUGGGGAGAAGAAGCUUCCAGCAAGAGUUCCAAAAAACACAAAUGAAAAUGGAUGCCUGGAUGUUCAAGCACCUUCAUGUGGAGUGGACAAGGGCAAGGAUCCUCUGUUUAAAUCAGAUGCAGAGAGAAACCUACAAGGAAUUUGCCGAAGAGGAACGACUUUCGCGCCUCCUCGGGAGGAAGGUCACGCUGGAAGGCCUGGGCAGGUACCUGUCAACGAAGGUGUCCCCCCAAGCCGAGGAGGAGACCCAGCUCCUGCUCCAGAGUUUAUUCAACGAGCUUGAGAUGUGUUUGAGCAGCACCGAAAUGCCCGGGACACAAAUAGAGGCAUUCUCCUUGUUCCAGCGUAAUACCGAGGACUUGGUGGAGAAGAUCUUGGAAUUGGCUCUGGAGUACCUCCUGAAGGAGUUGAAGCCACCUGCAAACGAGGACUUGAUUACAGCCUCUGUGCAAGAAAGAGCUCGGGGAGCCAGAAAGGAGAUCGCCGGGACCCUCGUCCGUGCUCUGGCUUCGAUCCCCGGCCUGAGUAGCUACAUCGGCCGAGACGACCUCCGAUUCGUCUGCACGUUGGCAGCUGCAAAAAUAACCCGAAGUAUUUACAAAGUCUUUGCUGAACGCGCCGCAAGUUUUCCCUCGCUGGACUGUGAAAAAAACGAGGUCACUGCACAGAUACAAGUAAGGAAUGCCGUUGAGGAGAUGUGGAAAAAACACUUCCAGGAGGUCAUGAAAGCGGGAAGGGAUGGACUAUGAAUUUUACCUUUUAUACCUUUUUUAUAUUUGAUAAUUACAUUCUUUGGACAGAAAAUUACUGUCAGAUGUUUUUUUUCCCUUACAGAUGUAAUGGACUGUACAUAUAAAAUAUAUACUGAAUAUUCAACAAUCCAAACAGUUGACCGUG